AAACGAACCAAAAUGAAAUAUAUCUGUCUAAUUGUGCUGGCUGCUCUGCUAAAACAUGCAGGGGCUGGUUGCUACAGUGGAACAGAUCCUGUUAUGUGUACAGAUACAGGAUGCAAUGGUUUCUGUUCUGAGGACAAUGGAUGUUCAUGUGGUUCGGAUGAGACAAAAACCUGUGUGCCCACCACUUGUGGUAUAAAAGAUAUCUCUAGUUGCUGCCCUUCUGGUUAUUUUUGGAAUUCCAAUACAUCGUGCUGCAGUGAUGAAUUAACGUGUAACCCACCAUGUCUCAGUGAUGAAAAAUGUGCCAGUGUUAAUGAUGUAGCAACUUGUGUCUGUAAUGAUUCAUCUUAUGCUGGCAAGAAAUUUGCAGACUUCAGUCCAUUGCUGACCUGUCUUCCCAACAUAAUGGUCAUCUCUGUUAGUCAGUGUUUGCUGACCCACCUGGGCUUUGAUUACACAAACAUGCACCUACUCAAUAAUGACUCUGACAUCUGCAAUAUUCAUUACCCGGAAAUUAUCAACAACAAUCGUGUGGAGAGCAUGCAGCUCAAAGUGCAGUCAGGAUGGUGCGGAAACAAAAUGACGUUUGACUCCUCUAAGUUGUAUUAUAAAAACAGUCUUUAUAUUGGAAUUCAGAAUAAAAGUGUUAUCACAGUGAACCCCAUGACCCUCAAUUUUACCUGCAGUUACAACAUGACAAUGCAGACAAGCCUUAUUUAUGCCCUCAAACCAGUUCUAAGCACAGUGAGUAUUUCAGGACCCAAUGGAACAGGUUCUUAUGCCUUGACUAUGUCUGCAUAUAAUAAUCCUGAUUAUACUUCACCAAUACAAGCAGAGGACACAGUGGAGGUGGGGACAUAUAUCUACCUGGGACUGUUUGUUAAAGAUGCUGAUGGAGCUGCAUUUACUCUAAGGGUGGAAGAGUGUUAUGCCACCCCAACCAGUGACCCAUCAGACAUUAACAAAGUGUAUAUUGUGCGCGGUGGUUGCGCAUAUACAAAUGAUGUAGACUCAUGGGUAGAACAGAAUGGAAAAGCUCUUGAAGCCAGAAUCAAACUAAGCACAUUCAGCUUCCAGAGCCAAACUAAUGUCUACAUCUUCUGUAAUGCUAUGCUAUGCCCAAACACUACGAAUAGUCAAUGCGAUAAGUGUAAGACUGCACGUGCUUCCUCUACCUAUACACAAACAAUGAUAAAUAUUCCACUUGAUGAUAACAGAUUUUUGAACAGUGGAUCACAAAAAGCUGUAUCCUGGACUGUGAUGCUUGGUUUUAUCCUUGUCCUUCUUAAAAUUAAUAACUGAAAGCAACCUUGGUAUCAAGUCUUUUGAAAUUAUAAAAGCAACAGUUUGUGGACUUUAUUUAAUGCUGAGAUCCAAAGAAAUGGAUGUAAAUUAUUGUUUUCACUAUAAAUGGAAUUUCAAGGAGAACGGUUUUGUCAUACCCAGAUAGCUUCACAUAUAUUAUUAAUUAUUGUAAUUAAUAAUAAAAUUUUUCCUUUUCUUUACUUUCCUUAAAAAUGUAUAUAAAAAAAAAAAAAUAUAUAUAUAUAUAUAUAGUCACUCAUGUUCGGGGUCUGACAUUAAAGAAGUAACUAUAUGUGCCUACUGUAUAUACUCAGUAUCAACUGUAAUGUGAUGUAUUUGAUUAUCUUCACAAAUAAAUGUAAAUGUGCAAC